GAGGCAGCAACGAUGACCAUGUCGAACGGCGCGCCCACACUUCGACUACUCUUUCUCCCGCGCUCGCACCCUCCCCUCCCCUUCACCCCACCAUGAGGUUCGUCUCGCUGGCAACCCUGAUCACGCUCUCGACCUGGCUUGCGCUGGGCAGUGCUGCACCGCUCGAGGGAAGCGCUGUAGGCGAUCUCUACGCUCGCGCGGCGGCAAGCACCAAAAGCUGCACAAAAAGCGCUCAGUGCAGCUCGGGAAACUUUUGCAAUCGCAACAAGUGCGCCCCUCUGGCUCCUGUUGGAGCAGGCUGCUACAAAAACUCGGGUUGCUCUGCGCCCGGUAUAUGUUUCAACAGCAAAUGCCUCGGUAAUAGCGCCAAACCCUCGGGCGCGCCUUGCCGUGCCAGUACUGAAUGCACCAGCGCUUAUUGCGGCUACUCGACGUGUCGAGUCAAGGCUGCGAGUGGUGCUUCUUGCUACAAAGGUCUCCGCCCCCGGCCACUCUCAAGGUCGGUUGCGAGUCGGGAAAAUGUACAAAGGGCAAGUGUGCUGCUGCUGCUGGCACCACACCGCCUUCGACCACUCCGCCCAGCACUCCGCCAGCAGCAGCUCCAUCUGGCUCGACCGACUUGACUGGCUUUACAGCCACUUCGCUUGGAAGUUGGACUGCCAAUGGUAAUGCCACGCCACAACAAGUUGGCAGCAUCAUCUACGCCAGACUGAUGGCGACCGUUGCUGCCUCGGCCGGCAUCACCCGAACCGUCCCGAUCAAGCGCGGCGCCGGCUCCUCUUUGGACAAGCGCCAAACCACGUCUCAGCUCGUCACAGUGGGCUAUGCUUAUCAGGUGCAGACCUACGCUCCUGGCACAGGGACCGGCACUUGCAAGGUCGUUCCCUCGCUCAACGGCGUUGCGCGUCAAACGAUUGAUCUCGGUCGAACCGCAAGCAACGCCGGUACCGGCGCACCGUACGUCAGCGCUACUGCCAGCUACACUUGGGCUGCUGGCGCAACUGCUCCCAAUGCUGAUCUCACAAGCAUCAAGAUCGACACUGUCUGCACGGGCAGUGCGAGUGCCACUGUUGGCAUCACCAACAUCUACAGUCGCGUAGCAGUCACCACCACGCCAGCCACCGGCGCACGACUGGAUGACUUUUCCACAGGCUUGGGGGCAUGGAGAUCCACGGGCACCGGCAGCACUCCAACAGCAGUGACUGAUCAAUUUGGAGAACGCGCUAUCCGUCUCACGGGAGGCAACAACAUCACUCGUAUCAAUAUCAACCAAGGAACAAAACCCGCCAACGCUGCUUCAGCCAGCGUUUCAUGGAGGUUCCAGCUCGUCUCGCUCAGCGGUGGUGCCAGCGAUGCCUCUUGCUCUUUCAUUAGGUACGCAAACGGUUACAUCUCUGGGGACACUGCUUUCAUCGAUCCAGACAGGCUAGGCCGGGGUUACACUACUUAUACGAUGAGCUUCAUCAAUAAUCCUGCAACCCGCAUGAUGAUCCCUACCACCACUUCGGUCUCCCUCGCGUUGACGUGCAGCGCUGGCGUCACUGGCACAGUCAACGUCAAGCACAUUGAGUGAGUGGAGUGGAGCGCGCCGUGGAGCGGCGCGGUGCAGCGCGGAGCAGCGUGGUCAUUCUUUCGCAUCGCAGCGCACCGCACCGCACCGCAGCGCAUCCUUUCUGACACUGCGCUCUCCCCCCCAGUACACA